UUUGACCAGAGCCCUACCAUGGACAAAAGUAGCUAGUGCAUACUGGGAAUAGUGUCAUUUGGGAGUGCACCUUUUUACUUUACUACGGAACGAGGUUCUGCUGUGACUCAUUUUUAUAACAUGGAACUGAAGUCCAUUUUUACUGUAGGGACGAGGUAAUGAUGCGUUAUACGGACAAACAUGUGACUCCUCUGUAUGACUUCUCUAACUUUUAUACCUCCUAUAGGCUAAUUGUAGCAAGAGUUAUCUUGUCUUUUGUAUUUCUGUUACACCAGUCGUGUUUGCACUUGUCUGCUGUCGCAAAAGCGACUCAACAACGAUAUGUCAACAUGGGGACAACGGAUCCGAACAUUCGUUACCGUGGAGCCGGUAAUCUUUUUCUACAUGACCAGCACGUUUAUCGUGACACCCGCUUAUCAACAGCUGGUCAUCGCAAAGGUACAGUGGGCCAACGAUCCGCUUGCGGCAUUAUCAAACACACCUGUUUACUUACACAUGUUUGCUUAUUAGGCUAUUCAUUAAACUAUCAGAACUACGGUUGCUAUUUUCAGUAGCAUAGGCUAUACUGUAUUUUUGUUGCUUAUACAUGUUCAAUUAGACCAACCUUUCGACCAAUAUUAAGUGAAACAGUCCUGUCCUUUCCAGUGACAUAUGAAAAGUAAAACUCUAAAUCAAUCAACCUGACAUUCGAUAUGAUAUACCUAAAUUCAGAGUAGAGUGUAUACAAUUUGGGCACAGUUGUUUUUUAUUUUUAUUUUCUCAAUGGAGCUCAAAGCAAAUGUAAAGCUCAGACAUAGGACCGAUAUAGGCUACUGUAUGCUUGUGGAAUACAUAGUGCAUACAGAUGUAAAUAUCUGAUUCUCACAGCUCCCUGCCUUUUUAUUAAUAUACAGUCUAUACCCCCUCCUCUCUCUCCUACCUCUGCCGAACUCAAUUCAAUAUCCAUGUAAGGUGAGGCAGCAUAUGCACAUAAAAAUAGAAUACAAUACAGAGUUCAACAUUCGAAAAACAUCUAUGUACAUAAAACUCAGUAGGCAACGUGUCUCUUGCAGCGAGGGCCAACAUUUCUCUGUGUCAUUUUGCUCUGUUUUUAUGGUUGAUAUUGUCCAGAUGUAUUUAAUUAUUUCAUAGGGUCAGACUGACAUCUCAUCUGUCUGUUUGGGCUCAUUAAUGCUGCAGCACUUUCCAUGUUGCAGUAGCAUGCAAAGCAGAUUUAAAUGGUUCCCCAAGAGUAGGUUCAGCUCUGUGGGUUCGAUUUUAUCCACGAAAUUGAUGUAGACAGGGAAGCAGAAGUAUGGUUUGCAUUAAACGUGUUCUUGAGUCUGUGCAAUGGGAACUGUGGGAUCGACUAAGGCCAUUUUACAUGCCUCAAGACUGUGUAAGUCUUUUGAGCUUAAGCCUAGUCAUUAGCUCUGGGAGUCAUUAUGAAAUGACAUUAUGAAAAUAUUUUAUUAUAUCAAUAGUCCCUAACAUGAGUACCUAAUAAAUUAGGGAACAAUUUCUGUAUCCAGAUUAAGGCUAUUCCUGGACAAAAAAAAUUAUUCUCUAUUGUGCACGCUUUCUAUUCCAGGACUAGGCUUCAUCUUGGUCUGGAACCAGACCCUUAAAGUCUCUGUUCCUCUGUCAAGGUGUGCUAUGAGCUGUUUCAAGACUCUUACAUCUGCAGCAGCCCAGCGCACCACAAGGAUGAGGAGGAGCUGAUCGAGGGUCGUUCCUCCUACAUCCUCCUGCUCUACACAUGUGUGACCAGCCUACUGUCCAUCCCUACAGCCAUGCUGCUAGGCUCCUGGUCCGACCGCUCCAGCCGCAAGGCCGUCAUGCUGCUGCCUUGCCUUAUGUCUCUGGUCAGUGGUGGUGUGUUCAUAGCCAUGUCUCUGCUGGAGGACAUGAGUGUGUACUGGUCGCUAGCUUCCGCAGGGGUAACGGGCCUCUCUGGAGGAUACGUCUCAGUGUUCCUUAGCUCGUUUAGUUACUUAGCAGAUGUCACAGCCGGGUUGGGGAGUAACCGUACUCUGCGUAUGGCGGCGGCAGAGUCGAUGAUCUUCGUAGGAGGGACGGUGGGGUUCUUGUUAGUGGGUUUCUUGAUACAGGAGUUUGGGCUGACCUCUGCAUUUGUGGCAUACUGCUCCUGCCAUGUUCUCUCAGUGUUCUAUAUUCUGCUUUGGUUACGGGAUCCUGAACGCUCAGUCCCACCUCCACCCUCAGGGGAAGAUGGAGAUGGAGACGGACUGCCAUGUGAAGCUGGUGAUACUGACACUGAACCAUCAUCCAACCUGUUGUGCCUGUCUGAUGUCAAGAGGUCCUUCAGAGCCAUGUUCAGGAGGAGGCCAGGACAGCAGAGGCAGAAACUCCACCUCCUUAUAGUCUGCACAUUCAUCAACAACCUGGUAGCUGUAGGUGAGUAAACUCCAUCUGUUGUUUGAUCGUUAUUGUCUCAUCACAGCUGUUCAACUGAGAGUUUUCAAAUGAGCUGUUAAUGCCAUUGUUUUCCUAUUUGAAACAUACAGUAUGAUAGGCCUUCACAGUAUAAGCAAUACAGCAUCUGUGCACUCAACAAUGUUGAAUGUGGUUAAAGAGCUCAGAAUCCAGAUCUGAGAGGUGAUGCUUUCCCAUUUAGUCUGUGUCGGCUCGGCUGCUCCGCACGGUGCCACAGGGGCUCUCAGAAUGCACUGCUGUCUUUUGUUGGGCUGACUCUGAGGCAGGCAGCCCCAUCGAUUCGAAGGAGGAGAUGUAUUAUGUGCGUAGUCUAUGGGGGAUGUCUGAGUGUUGCUUAUUGCCCUGAGAGAUUUCAAUGGAGCUGUCACAUUGCUUUCUUAUUUCAAACCUACAGUAUGGUAGGCCUUUACAGUAUAAGCAAUACAGCAUCUGUGCACUCACUGUCACCAAGAUACAAUGUUGAAUGUGGUUCAGUGUUUACAUUCCCUGUCUCAUGUCAUGUAAUAUCUUCCGUUGAAUACUGGAAUAUGUAAGCCUACUUCCUGCAUGUUGGAUAAUGUUUCUUAAACACAAUUGAGCACCUCAAUGUAACUGUAUAGUUUGUCAUCCAUACAUGAACACAUGUUUAUUAAAUUAAUGUACAGUUAUGGUACACUACAUAAUAAACCCAAUACAUUUUUUAAAUGCCCAAGGCUGUCAGUUAUAUAGUUACCAUUAUAGUAAUUCAUACUUGGUUAUGAAUACAUUACGAAUGUACUUCAGAACGCAUGUCCAUACAUUCAAGAGGCCAUGUGGUCAAGCAAGGUCAUAUGCGAUAGAACCCUAAACAGUGAAUAAAAUUGUCAGUAUCUCAAAUGUCUUAUAGAAUCAUUCCUAGCAAUUACUUUAUGAAAUGGAAAAUGAGAUCUACCAUUUCAGUGACAGUCUGUAUUUACAGAAGUAUGUGAUUGCCCUGUACACCUACUCAUAAAAAUAUCCAGUGAAAGACAGUCAUGAAAAUCUAUGGUUCAUGUAAACUGCAUUACAACUCUAUAUGAACCUUUGCUCUAUAUCCUAAACUCGCUCUAAACACUAAUUACCUUGGCAAUCAUUCAUUGUGUGUGUGUGUUUCCUCCCUCCAGGAGAGCAGGCUAUCUCCUUGCUCUAUUUGAUGUACGAGCCCAGGGAGUUCACAACUGAACUGUAUGGCGUGUUCAAAUCUGCCCAGAUGCUGCUGUUGGUAAGUGGCUCUACUUCAUCAGAAAGGUCAUGAUUGUGAUUUAGAUGCUCCAAAAUGCAAACAUCAAUAGAUUUUCCGAGCAACUAAAGACUCAAAUCACUGAGAAAUGCAUUGAUAAUUCUACUGUAAUAAGACAAUAAUAUGUAAAGAUUUGGCUGAUAUGGUGCAAAAAGUAUUUAAGUCUGAUCUACAUAACUAGAGGUCCAGCUCUGUACUAUACAUUUCAAGUGGAAGCUACAUUUGUUUGCCUUACCACUUGCAGCUAUGGGUUUAUUUGUUCAGCUGAUGCACUCAUAAAACUACAUCUAACUGAAAAAAUGAUGAUCCCAUGGCCUUUGGCUUUAUAUGGUCCUAGAGUACUGCCUCUGGUCAUUGCAUAAUGUUGUCAAAACAUUUGGACGACUCAGAUCACAUAAUUACUGUUCCAGUCCCCACACAUUUACAAUGACACAUUAUUCUUACCAUUCACCUUGGUUUAGAAAUCCAAAAUCAACACAUAACAGCAAAAUAGAAACAAAAAUAGUUUAAAUAUAACAAAUGCAUUGCAUCGCUGAAACCACACAAAAAACAAUGUACUUACACUUUACAAGACCUUUACCCAUCUGAACCCAUAGCAACCAUAGUUUUAAUAUGUUCACAGCAGUUACAACUGAGAUGCUGUAUGUAUGUAUUUUCUCCAUCUGUCAAGGGACCCUUUGGGUGUGUGUGUGUGGGGGGGCACGCACAUGAGUGUGUCUCUUCGUCCUUCGUGAUCUCAUGAAUGAGUCUGGGUCGAUGUCUUGUCUUGGUGUGACACUUAAACAAAGACUGCUUGUUAAAGAGCUCAGAAUCCAGAUCGGAGAGGUGAUGCUUUCCCAUUUAGUCUGUGUCGGCUCGGCUGCUCCGCACGGUGCCACAGGGGCUCUCAGAAUGCUCUGCUGCCUUUUGUUGGGCUGACUCUGAGGCAGGCAGCCCAAUCGAUUCGGAGGAGGAGAUGUAUUAUGUGCGUAGUCUAUGGGGGAUGUCUGAGUGUUGCUUAUUGCCUUCUGCUACAAACACACAACACUUUAAUUACCAACUGAUGAAAGACUUCAGAAGGGGGAAAAAACUACAGGUUUUUUUUUUAGCUCUCAGGAUUCAAACAGUGAAAGGUGAAAAAAGAGGGCGAGCUAGGGCAGAGGAGAGAAUGAGCAACUUGUAGCCUAAGCCUUGGCUAUACUAACAAAGGUAAUCCAUCCCCAAUAUUCAUGUUAGUUAUUAACAUAAUAGAAUAUCAAAAGGUUAUGCAAUGGCAUUUAAAAAAAGUAUUACUCCUCAGUAGAAACAACCUUAGCAGGUCUGGGAGGGCAGCAGGGGUGAGUUCACCGCUCCUCUCCUUGAGGUAGCUUUUAAUAAUUGGUUCAAAGGUUGAGAAUGAGAUUAACUUUUAAUUAGGGCAGAGCAGAGUUCCCUAAGAAUGAUUAAACACCACAAACACCACAAGCUCUAAUGAGUUGAUUAAAGUAAAAACAUAGAUAGCUGACCUUCUCAGGGAAAUGUUUAUGCAUUCCUGUUAUGUUUCCUAGUGCAGAUUUGAGACGGCUGAUGAGGGAAGGGGGCGGAGGGGGGAUGAGGACACUGGCAACUUGUCACCCUGAGCUGGACGGGAUAAUUAAAUCAAAUCUGUCAGCUUUUAGACAAAGGGGGCAAAUGAGUCACAUUACACACAGGCACACUGACAGGCAUAAACAGACACACACACUCAGGCGUGAAGUGUAUGCACGCACAUAUAUAGCCUGCACACACAGGCGUGUACACACACACAUGCAUACAUAAAUAAUCCAUGUUUCUUGUUUUGACACCAUCUCAUCAUGCACAAUCUCUAAAGGUUAAUUGAUGCAGUGUUUUGGCUAACUAAGGAAUCUGAGGUUCAAAUAUAUAAUGACUCGUUGUAGGAAAAAAAGCCAAACGGCAGACUUUCCCACUACCCCAAAUUGUAUUUUUUAGGAGCUGCCAGUAAAUUGAUUGCCAAACUGUAAUUGCAGAUUGUUAAUUAUUAGGAAUUAUAUACUCUGUAUUAUCAAUUUGCUCAAGAAUGUAUCCAAUUCAUUCAACUUCCAAUCAAGCAUCAAACAUAAUUUGCAAUAAAAAGUAAAGAAUGUCUAAAGGUAUGUGAUGUUUUGUCCUAGGGGUUUACCCUGCUGGGGAUCUUCCCGCUGCUUAUGAGAGUGGUAGGAGAGAUAACUCUGGCCAAAGUGAGUGUGCUCUUCAGGACAGCAGGCUUAGUUCUAAUGGCCUUCUCCACUAACACAUGGAUGGUGUUUCUAGGUGAGGGAACCUAUGUAUGGAUUGAUGAUGUACUGAACUAAUAUGAAAUUCUGGGCCGAUUAUUCACAAAGUUUCUAAGAAUACGGAUAGAUCUGCACUCCUACUCUGAGACACUAUGAAUAAAAGCCCUGAUGUUUUCUCAAAUAGAAAAGUUGUGGUGCCCUACCCUCUUCCUGUAGAGUUACCGUCCUGUAGGCUUUUGCUCCAACCCUUAUCUAACACACCUGAUUCUAGGAAUCGGCUACUCACCAGGACCCUGAUUGGCUGUAUCAGGUGUGUUCUGGGAGGAGGGUGGCCACCCCUGGUUUCACAAUAUGCAGAGACCUUCGUAACUGAUGAAGUUAAGACUGCAAAAUUAAGAGUACAGGCUGGAUUGGAUUUUAGCCAGGAGUUGUGGUGAUGUUGACACUGCUGUGCUUUAAUUAAAAAUAGACAAAUCCUUUUGUCCUGGAGUAUGUAAAGUUGUUAUUAAAACACAGACACCUUUAAGAUAACAGUGCAUUGUGCUGGCCUAGUGGUCAGACAGGCUUUUGAGACCGAGGGAGAUGGACAGGAUGGGUAUUGAUAUCCUUAAUUAAAUAAAUUGUUGUGGAAAUUGUUAUUGUAAUCGACGUGGAGGUGGACUAAAGCAUUUUAGAGGGGAGAUGAGUGGCGUGACCACACACACAUUUUUAAGCAUUGUGUGAAUAAUCAGCUGCAACCUCACCAGAUAUCUGCAUUCUGCUCUCUUCCUCUGCCUGGGAUAAUGAGGGUUAGCACACUGGUACAUCUUUAGAGUCAUCACCUCCCUUCCCAUAGCCAGGCAGGAGUUGGUUGGUCUGACUGCAUGUUUAAAGCUGCAAUAGGUCAAAGCAAUUCUAAGAAGCGUUAGAUCUGUUCUAUGUGCACUAUUUCUAUGCUUCCCGUUCUUACGUUUCGUUUUUGCGUCUUUUACUUUCGGUUUGUACACCAGCUUCAAACAGCUGAAAAUACAAUAUUUUUGGUUAUGGAAAAUAUAUUUCACAGUGGUUUAGAUGGUACAAUGAUUCUCUACUCUAUACUUGCUUGUUUUGUCACAAACUGAAAUUAGGCAAACUAUUUGAAUUUUAGCAACCAGGAAAUGACGGCGCGAUUUCUGCAUAGUGCAACUUCAAGUAAUACACAUAAGUACACAAACAGCACACUUACACACAACAUACACUCACACACACGGUGCAAACGAACACACACACCCACACACCCACACACAUCCUCAUUUGUGAUGAGUAGGCUUUAAACUGUAUGUUCUAAUAAAGGAGAAUGCAAUGCCUUACCCUCACUUCCCCUUUAAUGUGACUGAGCUUAACAACAAAUCAACCUGUCACGAGUGUCAGUGUAAUGCGGUGGGUCGAAGUCAGGACUCGAAGAAACUUACUUUACUGAGAAAUUAGUAAAGAAUACAAUACAGAAAUCUCUCCACACAGGGAGGAACUAACCCGCUCACAAACGACACACGAAACGAAAACAACCACGCACAAAACACAUUGGGAGCCACUGGGUUAAAUAGGGAAGGCGUGAUUACAAUAAUGGGCAACAGGUGUGUGACAAUAGACAACAGGUGCAACAUAGAAACAUAGAACAUAGAUCGGCAGCAGCUAGUAUUCUGGUGAUGACGAACGCAGAAGCCUGCCCGAGCAAGGAGGAGGGGCAGCCUCGGCAGAAUCCGUGACACAACCUGAGAUUAUAUCUCCCAUUAGUUUUUACAGUCAUUAGGAGUAAGGUGGAAUAAUUGCACAUUGCUGUGAUGAUAAUGAUGAUUUGUUACUUUAGGUGUAAGAAUAGUUUUUAAUCAAACUACCAUAAUUUAAGCUGCCAUUUAUUAAUCUACCACACAGCAUCGCCUACUGCUGACAGUAUUCUCAUAGAUAAAGCAGUUUAUUGGCUUAUAUUAUGUCUUAUAGAUAGAAGCUUCUAGAAUAACUAGUUUUUUAAUGUAACUUUGUCUUGUUCUGCUCUAUCCUGUCUGUCCACUUCUGGGAUGUAUGUCCUCCUUUCCUGUCUGCCCUCUUGUCCUGUCUGUCCUGUCGGCCUGUCUUGUCUGCCCUGUCCUCCUGUCCCGUCUGUCCUCUUCUGUUCUCCUGUCCUGUUUGUCUGCCCGUUUGUCCUGUCCUCUAUGUCCCCCUGUUCUGUCCUAUCUGUCCUCAUUUUGUUCUGUCUGACCUCCUCUGCCUUGUUCUGUCUGUCCCUUUCCCCCAGUGGCUGUGGUGUCUGCCCCUGCUGGCAUCACUCAGGCUGUCAUACGCUCUCUGUCCUCCGCCAUCGUAGAGCCAGACGAACAAGGUGGGUCCUGAGAUCCACCACAUUUUCUCCAUCACAUUUGACUUAUAAAGCCCUUUUUACAUCAAGUGUUCACAAAGUGCCUCACAGUAACUUAACCUAGACCCCAAAAAACAAGCGGAAUCACAGUGGCAAGGAAAACCUCCAUAGAAAGAAAGAAACCUGAAGAGGAAGCACCCUCACACCUUACAUUACACUUCAACAAUACUGAAAUGAAAAGAGACAGUUUAACACUCAACCCUUGACCUGGAAUGUUCCCUGUUCCUCAAGUCAAACUCCUGAGAGAAAGAUGCAUGUUAUUAUAUUUUGAUGAACCUUGACAUCCUCAGCAUGGAGAACAAGGCCAGCAGCCUUGUGGAUGUUCUGUGUUCUCUCUAAGUCCAUCAUGGCCACAUCAGAGAAUGGUUGGAUGAACAAAUGAUGCACAGUGACAUUUUGUUGUUCCUUUCUCUUAUUCAGUCCCUUUAUUGAAACAAAAUGCUAUGUAGAAUGUAUACCUGCAUUGAAAGAUUGGUAACCUUGAUUAUUUCUCAAAUCAUUGCACCACAAAUAAUGAUUCUGUUCUUGCAGGCAAAAGAACAUUGGAUAGCAAUCAAGGUUUUUAAGAGCUAAAUAGCUACUUUGUCUAGAUACUUAGCUACUGUAAUGCCCCUGUAUAAUUAUGUGAAACGCAAAGCCUGCUGUUGCAUUUAUGUACAGCCUGUACAGUAUGUUCAUGUAAGAAACAACAGGUUUUGUUUUCCCAUUGUUUUUAUUCUGAAGGCAUGUUGCACUGCCACUUAUACAGUGGGGGAAAAAAGUAUAUAGUCAGCCACCAAUUGUGCAAGUUCUCCCACUUAAAAAGAUGAGAGAGGCCUGUAAUUUUCGUCAUAGGUACACGUCAACUAUGACAGACAAAAUGAGAAAAAAAAAUCCAGAAAAUCACAUUGUAAGAUUUUUAAUGAAUUUAUUUGCAAAUUAUGGUGGAAAAUAAGUAUUUGGUCAAUAACAAAAGUUUCUCAAUACUUUGUUAUAUACCCUUUGUUGGCAAUGACACAGGUCAAAUGUUUUCUGUAAGUCUUCACAAGGUUUUCACACACUGUUGCUGGUAUUUUGGCCCAUUCCUCUAUGCAGAUCUCCUCUAGAGCAGUGAUGUUUUGGGGCUGUCGCUGGGCAACACGGACUUUCAACUCCCUCCAAAGAUUUUCUAUGGGGUUGAGAUCUGGAGACUGGCUAGGCCACUCCAGGACCUUGAAAUGCUUCUUACGAAGCCACUCCUUCGUUGCCCGGGCGGUGUGUUUGGGAUCAUUGUCAUGCUGAAAGACCCAGCCACGUUUCAUCUUCAAUGCCCUUGCUGAUGGAAGGAGGUUUUCACUCAAAAUCUCACAAUACAUGGCCCCAUUCAUUCUUUCCUUUACACGGAUCAGUCGUCCUGGUCCCUUUGCAGAAAAACAGCCCCAAAGCAUGAUGUUUCCACCCCCAUGCUUCACAGUAGGUAUGGUGUUCUUUGGAUGCAACUCAGCAUUCUUUGUCCUCCAAACACGACGAGUUGAGUUUUUACCAAAAAGUUCUAUUUUGGUUUCAUCUGACCAUAUGACAUUCUCCCAAUCCUCUUUUGGAUCAUCCAAAUGCACUCUAGCAAACUUCAGACGGGCCUGGACAUGUACUGGCUUAGGCAGGGGGACAUGUCUGGCACUGCAGGAUUUGAGUCCCUGGCGGCGUAGUGUGUUACUGAUGGUAGGCUUUGUUACUUUUGUCCCAGCUCUCUGCAGGUCAUUCACUAGGUACCCCCGUGUGGUUCUGGGAUUUUUGCUCACUGGUCUUGUGAUCAUUUUGACCCCACGGGGUGAGAUCUUGCGUGGAGCCCCAGAUCGAGGGAGAUUAUCAGUGGUCUUGUAUGUCUUCCAUUUCCUAAUAAUUGCACCCACAGUUGAUUUCUUCAAACCAAGCUGCUUACCUAUUGCAGAUUGUCUUCCCAGCCUGGUGCAGGUCUACAAUUCUGUUUCUGGUGUCCUUUGACAGCUCUUUGGUCUUGGCCAUAGUGGAGUUUGGAGUGUGACUGUUUGAGGUUGUGGACAGGUGUCUUUUAUACUGAUAACAAGUUCAAACAGGUGCCAUUAAUACAGGUAACGAGUGGAGGACAGAGGAGCCUCUUAAAGAAGAAGUUACAGGUCUGUGAGAGCCAGAAAUCUUGCUUGUUUGUAGGUGACCAAAUACUUAUUUUCCACCAUAAUUUGAAAAUAAAUUCAUAAAAAAUCCUACAAUGUGAUUUUCUGGAGAAAAAAAAUCUCAAUUUGUCUGUCAUAGCUGACGUGUACCUAUGAUGAAAAUUACAGGCCUCUCUCAUCUUUUUAAGUGGGAGAACUUGCACAAUUGGUGGCUGACUAAAUACUUUUUUUUCCCCACUGUAAGUUGACAUUCAAAAGUACUUAGCUAGCAGCCAGUCUCUCCUACUCAGAUCAAUAAGUAUUCCAUGUUGGAACCACUUAAGAUUGCCCUCCUUCUGCUCCAUAUUCAUCUUAUGUAUCUCUAGUUGGUACUGUAAGCACAGUCACAACAUCACAGAGAGAUAAUAUAUCACACCAAAAAAAGUGCAUUUGUAACACAGAAAUCAAUGCUCAGAAUAAUUUGUGUCGUCAAGCUUAGAACAACUGAAAACCCAGAGCCUUAUAUUUGGAGAGUUGCAACAACUAUUUGAACCUUCAUGAAUUCAGUUGAUGGAACUCUGUCAACAUAAAGCUCUGUGUAAACCUGUGUUUCUUUUGUGACCCUGCAGGUGCGAUGUUCUCCUUCUCUGCGUCUGUGGAGACCACAUGUAUUAUGUUUGCAGCGGUGAUGUUUAAUGGCCUGUACCCUCUGACCCUGCCCACCAUCCCUGGCAUGCCCUUCAUCGUCAUGGCAGGCUUCACACUCAUCGUCUUCAUCUUAAUGCAGUAAGUCACCUGCCUGUUGUCUUUAUAUACAGUGCCUUGCAAAAGUAUUAAUCCCCCUUGGUGUUUUUCCUAUUUUGUUGCAUUACAACCUGUAAUUUAAAUUGAUUUUUAUUUGGAUUUCAUGUCAUGGACAUACACAAAAUAGUCCAAAUUGGUGAAGUGAAAUGAAAAAACAAACUUGUUUCAAAAAAAUAACGGAAAAGUGGUGCGUGCAUAUGUAUUCACCCCCUUUGCUAUGAAGCCCCUAAAUAAGAUCUGGUGAAACCAAUUACCUCCACUGUAUUCAGAAGUUACAUAAUUAGUUAAAUAGAGUCCACCUGUGUGCAAUCUAAGUGUCACAUGAUCUCAGUAUAUAUACAACUGUUCUGAAAGGCCCCAUAGUCUGCAACACCACUAAGCAAGGGGCACCAUGAAGACCAAGGAGCUCUCCAAAAAGGUCAUGGACAAAGUUGUGGAGAAGUACAGAUCAGGGUUGGGUUAUAAAAAAUAUCAGAAACUUUGAACAUCCCACGGAGCACCAUUAAAUCCAUUAUAAAAAAAUUGAAAGAAUAUGGCACCACAACAAACCUGCCAAGAGAGGGCCGCCCACCAAAACUCACGGACCAGGCAAUGAGGGCAUUAAGCAGAGAGGCAACAAAGAGACCAAAGAUAACCCUGAAGGAGCUGCAAAGCUCCACAGCGGAGAUUGGAGUAUCUGUCCAUAGGACCACUUUAAGCCAUACACUCCACAGAGCUGGGCUUUACGGAAGAGUGGCCAGAAAAAGCCAUUGCUUAAUGAAAAAAAUAAGCAAACACGUUUGGUGUUCGCCAAAAGGCAUGUGGGAGACUCCCCAAACAUAUGGAAGAAGGUACUCUGGUCAGAUUAGACUAAAAUUGAGCUUUUUGGCCAUCAAGGAAAAUGCUAUGUCUGGCGCAAACCCAACGCCUCUCAUCACCCCGAGAACACCAUCCCCACAGUGAAGCAUGGUGGUGGCAGCAUCACGACUGGUCUAACGACGAAAUCGUUUGAUGUGAUUACAACAGGUUUCCCGUUACGACGUCGACCACGAAGAUCCAUCUGCUAGCCCCGGCCGGCAAGCACACGCUAGCCGUGGCCUCUUGCUCGCCAGUGCUAUAGAAGCCCCCGAACUACCUCCGAACUCUCCUAUUGCUGUUCACCGGACCUUAUGAUAACUCAGCUAUACAGCUGAUGCCUGCUGGACUGUUCCUUUAUACGGUACCGCAUCCUGUUUAUGUUUAGCCUCAGCCCAAACUUUGUCGCCAUUACCAGCUGUUGUCUUAGCUCUCUCAAAUAACACCUGUGAUUGCUUUAUGCCUCUCUCCCAUUUCAGUAUGCCCUGCUUAUUUGGUUAUUUCUUAUUGUACUAUUUCACUGUAGCUCCCCCAGCCCAGCUCAACCUGCCAUAGAUAGCUCCUUUGUUCCACCCCCCAUACACGCGGAGACCGACUCAAUCGGUGCCUCCAGUGAUGCUAUCUCUUUCAUCGUUACCCAACGCUUAGGUUUAGCUCCAAUGUACUCAUAUCCUUCCAUAUCCUUUUCUGUACAUAAUGCCCUGAAUCUAUUCUACUACGCCCGGAAACCUGCCCCUUUUUUUCUCUGUACCCAACGCACUAGAAGACCAGUACUUAAAGCCUUUAGCCGUAUCCAUAUUCUACUCCUCUUCUGUUCCUCUGGUGAUGUAGAGGUUAACCCAGGCCCUGUAGCCCCCAGUAUCACUCCUACUCCCCAGGCAUUAUCAUUUGUUGACUUCUGUAACCGUAAAAGCAUUGGUUUCUUGCACGUUAACAUCCGAAGCCUCCUCCCUAAAUUUGAGUUAUUCACUGCGUUAGCACACUCCGCCAACCCUGAUGUUCCAGCAGUGUCUGAAUCCUGGCUUAGGAAGGCCACCAAAAAUUCAGAAAUGUCCAUCCCGAACUACAACAUUCUCCGUCUCGAUAGAACUGUCAAAGGGGGUGGGAUUGCAAUCUACUGUAGAGAUAGCCUGCAGAGCUCUAUCGUACUAUCCAGGUCUGUGCCCAAAUAGUUUGAGCUUCUACUUCUAAAAACUUGCUACAGACCCAUCUCAGCCCCGAGCUGUGCCCUGGACACCAUAUGUGAACUGAUUGCCCCCCAUCUAUCCUCAGAGUUCGUACUUCUUGGUGACCUAAACUGGGAUAUGCUUAACACCCCGGGCAACCUACAAUCUAAACUAGAUGCCCUCAAUCUCACACAAAUGAUCAACGAACCUACCAGGUACAACCCUAAAUCUGUAAACAUGGGCACCCUCAUAGAUAUCAUCCUGACAAAUUUACCCUCUAAAUACACCUCCGCUGUCUUCAACCAGGAUCUCAGCGAUCAGUGCCUCAUUGCCUGCGUCCGUAAUGGGUCCGCGGUCAAACGACCACCUCUCAUCACUGUCAAACACUCCCUAAAACACUUUAGCGAGCAGGCCUUUCUAAUUGACCUGGCCCGGGUAUCCUGGAUGAUAUUGACCUCAUUCCGUCAGUAGAGGAUGCCUGGUUGUUCUUUAAAAGUGCUUUCCUCUCAAUCUUAAAUAAGCAUGCCCCAUUCAAAAAAUUCAGAACUAAGAACAGAUAUAGCCCCUGGUUCUCCUCAGACUUGACUGCCCUUGACCAGCACAAAAACAUCCUGUGGCGUACUGCAUUAGCAUCGAACAGCCCCCGCGAUAUGCAACUUUUCAGGGAAGUCAGGAACCAAUAUACACAAUCAGUUAGGAAAGCAAAGGCUAGCUUUUUCAAACAGAAAUGUGCAUCCUGUAGCACUAACUCCAAAAAGUUUUGGGACACUGUAAAGUCCAUGGAAAAUAAGAGCACCUCCUCCCAACUGCCCACUGCACUGAGGCUAGAAAAAACACUCUCACCACCGAUAAAUCUACAAUAAUCGAGAAUUUCAACAAGCAUUUUGCUACGGCUGGCCAUGCUUUUCACCUGGCUACCACUACCCCGGCCACCAGCUCUGCACCCUCCGCUGCAACUUGCAGAGUUGAAAAAUCUGGACACCUACAAAUCAGCUGGGCUAGACAAUCUGGACCCUUUCUUUCUAAAAUUAGCCGCCGAAAUUGUCACAACCCCUAUUUCUAGCCUGUUCAACCUCUCUUUCGUAACGUCUGAGAUCCCCAGAGAUUGGAAAGCUGCCGCGGUCAUCCCCCUCUUCAAAGGGGGUGACACUCUAGAUCCAAACUGUUACAGACCUAUAUCCAUCCUGCCCUGCCUUUCGAAAGUAUUUGAAAGCCAACUUAACAAACAGAUCACCGACCAUUUCGAAUCCCACUGUACCUUCUCCGCUAUGCAAUCCGGUUUCCGAGCUGGUCAUGGGUGCACGUCAGCCACGCUCAAGGUCCUAAACGAUAUUAUAACCGCGAUCGAUAAAAGACAGUACUGCGCAGCCGUCUUCAUCGACCUGGCCAAGCCUUUCGAUUCUGUCAACCACCGCAUUCUUAUUGGCAGACUAAAUAGCCUUGGUUUCUCUAAUGACUGCCUCGCCUGGUUCACCAACUACUUCUCAGAUAGAGUUCAAUCAAAUCGGAGGGCCUGUUGUCUGGACCUCUGGCCGUCUCUAUGGGGGUGCCACAGGGUUCAAUUCUCGGGCCGACUCUAUUCUCAGUGUAUAUCAAUGAUGUUGCUCUUGCUGCUGGUGACGCUCAGAUCCACCUCUAUGCGGACGACACCAUUUUGUAUACAUCUGGCCCUUCAUUAGACACUGUGUUAACAAACCUCCAAACGAGCUUCAACGCCAUACAACACUCCUUCCGUAGCCUCCAACUGCUCUUAAACACUAGUAAAACUAAAUGCAUGCUCUUCAACCGAACGCUGCUUGCACCCGCCCACUCGACUAGAAUCACUACUCUCGGCGGGUCUGACCUAGAGUAUGUGGACAACUACAAAUACCUAGGUGUCUGUUAGACUGUAAACUCUCCUUCCAGACUCACAUUAAGCAUCUCCAGUCAAAAGUUAGAUCUAGAAUCGGCUUCCUAUUUCGCAACAAAGCCUCCUUCACUCAUGCUGCCAAACAUGCCCUCGUAAAACUGACUAUCAUACCGAUCCUUGACUUCGGCGAUUGUCAUUUACAAAAUAGCCUCCAACACUCUACUCAGCAAAUUGGAUGUAGUCUAUCACAGUGCCAUCCAUUUUGUCACCAAAGCCCCAUAUACUACCCACCAUUGUGACCUGUACGCUCUUGUUGGCUGGCCCUCACUACAUAUUUGUCGCCAAACCCACUGGCUCCAGGUCAUCUAUAAAUCACUGCUAGGCAAAUCCCCAUCUUACCUUAGCUGACUGGUCACCAUAGCAACACCCACCCGUAGUCUGUGCUCCAGCAGGUAUAUCUCACUGGUCAUCCCCAAAGCCAACACCUCCUUUGGCCGCCAUUCCUUCCAGUUCUCUGCUGCCAAUGACUGGAACGAACUGCAAAAAUCUCUGAAGCUGGAGACUCUUAUCUCCCUCACUAACUUUAAGCGUCAGUUGUCAGAGCAGCUUACCGAUCACUGCACCUGUACACAGCCAUUCUGAAAUUAGCCCACCCAACUACCUCAUCCCCAUAUUGUUAUUUAUUUUGCUAAUUUGCACCACAGUAUCUCUAUUUGCACAUCAUCUUUUGCACAUCUAUCAUUCCAGAGUUAAUACGAAAUUGUAACUAUUUUGCACUAUGGCCUAUUUAUUGCCUUACCUCCAUAACUUACUACAUUCGCACACACUGUAUAUAUAUUUUCUCUUUGUAUUUUUGACUUUGUUUUGUUUACCCCAUAUCUAACUCUGUGUUGUUUUUAUCGCACUGCUUUGCUUUAUCUUGGCCAGGUCGCAGUUAUAAUUGAGAACUUGUUCUCAACUGGCUUACCUGGUUAAAUAAAGGUGAAAUAAAAUAAAUACAUUAAAAAUAAAAAUGCUGUGGGGAUGUUUUUCAUCGGCAGGGACUGGGAAACUGGUCAGAAUUGAAGGAAUGAUGGAUGGCACUAAAUACAGGGAAAUUCUUGAGGGAAACCUGUUUCAGUCUUCCAGAGAUUUGAGACUGGGACAGAGGUUCACCUUCCAGCAGGACAAUGACCCUAAGCAUACUGCUAAAGCAACACUCGAGUGGUUUAAGGGGAAACAUUUAAAUGUCUUGGAAUGGCCUAGUCAAAGCCCAGACCUCAAUCCAAUUGAGAAUCUGUGGUAUGACUUAAAGAUUGCUGUACACCAUUGGAACCCAUCCAACUUGAAGGAGCUGGAGCAGUUUUGCCUUGAAGAAUGGGCAAUAAUCCCAGUGGCUAGAUGUGCCAAGCUUAUAGAGACAAACCCCAGACUUGCAGCUGUAAUUGCUGCAAAAGGUGGCUCUACAAAGUAUUGACUUUGGGGUGGUGAAUAGUUAUGCACGCUCAAGUUUUCUGUUUUUAUUAUUUCUUGUUUUUUUCAAGAAUAGCUGAGUUUUCAAAAAAUCUUCAAAGUGGUAGGCGUGUUGUGUAAAUCAAAUGAUACAAACCCCCAAAAAAUCCAUUUUAAUUCCAGGUUGUAAGGCAACAAAAUAGGAAAAAUGCCAACGGGGGUGAAUACUUUCGCAAGCCACUGUAACUUAUUGAUAGCCAUUUAACAAAAAAAUAUUACAAUAAAUCCUGGACUUCCUGACGGGCUGCCCCCAGGUGGUAAGGGUAGGUAACAACACAUCUGCCACACUGAUCCUCAACACGGGGGGCCCUCAGGGGUGCGUGCUCAGUCCCCUCCUGUACUCCCUGUUCACCCAUGACUGCAUGGCCAGGCACGACUCCAACACCAUCAUUAAGUUUGCCGAUGACACAACAGUGGUAGGCCUGAUCACCGACAACUAUGAGACAGCCUAUAGGGAGGAGGUCAGAGACCUGGCCGUGUGACUACAGGGAAAAAAAGAGGACUGAGCACACCCCUAUUCUCAUUGACGGGGCUGUAGUGGAACAGGUUGAGAGCUUCAAGUUCCUUGGUGUCCACAUCACCAACGAACUAUCAUGGCCCAAACACACCAAGACAGUCGUGAAGAGGGCACGACAAAGCCUAUUCCCCCUCAGGAGACAAGAUUUGGCAUGGGUCCUCAGAUCCUCAAAAAAUUAUACAGCUGCACCAUCUAGAGUAUCCUGACUGGUUGCAUCACUGCCUGGUAUGGCAACUGCUCGGCCUCUGACCGCAAGGCACUACAGAGGGUAGUGCGUACGGCCCAGUACAUCACUGAGGCCAAGCUUCCUGCCAUCCAGGACCUCUAUACCAGGCGGUGUCAGAGGAAUGCCCUCAAAAUUGUCAGACUCCAGCCACCCUAGUCAUAGACUGUUCUCUCUGCUACCACACGGCAAGCGGUCCAAAAUACUUCUCAACAGCUUCUACCCCCAAGCCAUAAGACUCCUGAACAGCUAAUCAUGGCUACCCAGACUAUUUGCACUGCCCCCCCACCUCCACCCCAUAUUUUUACGCUGCUGCUACUCUGUUAAUUAUUUAUGCAUAGUCACUUUAACUCUACCCACAUGUACAUAUUACCUCAACUAGCCGGUGCCCCUGCACAUUGACUCUGCACCGGUAACCCCCUGUAUAUAUAUAGCCUCCCUACUGUUAUUUUAUUUUACUUCUGCUCUUUUUUUCUCAACACUUUUUUGUUGUUGUUUUUAUUUUACUUUUUUAUAAAAAAAUAAAUGCAUUGUUGGUUAAGGGCUGUAAGUAAGCAUUUCACUGUAAUGUCUACACCUAUUGUAUUCGGCGCAUGUGGUCAAUACAAUUUGAUUUGAUUUGAAAUACCAUGGUUUAACAAUAAGAAUUAUUCUGACACACACAGCAAACUUCUUUAGUCAUCAGAAAGUGUCAGUCUUUGACACGUGAUGAUUCAAAAGUCUUGACAUGGACAUGCAGUAUAUGAGAAGAAUAAAGAUCGAUAAGGAGUCAUAUGUACAGAUGUAAUAUCUUAAUUUAUUCACCCUGCUGCAGGAAAUGUAAAACUUGUAGUGUAUUUGAGGUUUAAAAAGGCUUUAGAAGUUUGUAAUUUCCACUUAGACAUUUCAGACUUGAUUUUCCCUCACGAAAAAAUGUAUCAAACCCUAAACAAAUGCCCAUGAAUUAUAAUGCACAUAAUAAUCCACAUUUCCCGUUGCUGCAGGAUUAUUUUCCUGCUGUAGCAAAUUGGCUCAAAUUAAGAUCCUACAUCUGUAUGUACGAAGUGAAAAAUGCAGGUUUAGCUGCAGUCACUUUGGUUGAAUGGGACAUAAAGGCAAUUAACAUUUCAAAAUGUUUCUCAAAAUUGUAUUAUUAUUCCAAAUGAAAGUAUUUUCAAAAGGGCAAUAAGGAAUUAAAGUUACAUUUACUAACAUAACAUUUUGAAGUUUUAUUGUCAAUUUGGUCUUUUAACUUUUUUUCAGACACGUAAG